AUGCAAAGUUACUCACCGACUCUGCUUCGGCAUAAUUUUGAUACUGAAUUCACUGAUAGUGAUUUUAUAUCGGAAAAGGGAAUAUUUUUACUGCAGCACCCUUCUCUCAGAAAUAUGUGUCAUCUGAGAAAAGAUAUCUCCAACUCGGAUGAGGAAUGGAUUAAGGAUUUUUUGCGUCAUCAUGGAUUAGAGCUGUUAUUUGAAUGUUUGGAUAACUUAUCUCGGUAUAAAUCAGAUUUGAUUAACAUUACUCUGCGUGUAGAAUGUAUUUUAUGCAUUAAGUCAUGUUUAAAUUCAAAACAAGGAAUUCAAUUCCUGAUCGGAAGUGAAAAUUACGCUCCCAAAUUUGCAACAGCCCUCGACACCACAAAUAUUAUGGUUAAGAAACAAGUGUUUGAGCUGUUAUCUGCAUUAUGUGUUUAUUCUCAAGAUGGAUACAGAUUAGCAUUAGAUGCUUUAGAUACAUUCAAGACAAUGAAAAAACAAAGAUAUAAGUUUAGUGUCAUAGUGAACGAAUUAAAGAAUGCUGAAUUAGUACCAUAUAAAACUACGUUGAUGGCCUUUGUAAACUGUAUCUUAGUUGGUACAGACGAUUUACAAGAGAGAGUUUCAAUUAGAAACCAGUUUAUUGGUUUAAACUUUCUGGAUAUCAUCAAUACAUUACGAGAUGACGAUAAUGAAGAUUUGGUUAUACAAUGUGAUGUAUUUGAUGAAGAACGUCAUGAUGACGAAGAAGAAAUAACCUCUAUUGUGUCUUGUACCAAUAUUGAUAUCAAUAAUCCACAACAAUUAUUCAGUGGUAUAUUGCAAAAGGUAUAUAAUACGCCUCAGGCCGAUACAUUCACAACAAUACUACAGGCUUUACUUCAUAUUGAUCCAGACGAAUAUAUCAGUGAUACACAAUGGACAGUGAUGGAAAGUGCGGCCAGAAAGUGUUUUGUGCUCCAUAAAGCAGUCCGGGACAGUGGUGUUCCUCCUCCCCCACCACCACCGGGAUUACCAGGCGGUGUUCCUCCACCACCUCCUCCGCCGGGGUUCCCUGGCAUGGUGCCACCACCACCCCCACCUCCAGGUUGUGGACCACCAGGCGCUCCGCCACCACCCUUCAUCGCAAGAGGCUCAGCACCACAGUUCAGGAUGCCUCCAUCAGGUCUACGAGGAUUUGAAGUUCCUCGUCCAAAACAUAAGAUGAAGACAUUCAAUUGGGCUAAGCUAUCGGCUCAUGUUCUUAAUUCUAAUGAUAAUAUCUGGAAAGAUGUAUUAAAAAUGAAAGAUAAGAUACAAGUCAAAUAUGAUAGAUUAGAACAGUUAUUCUGUCAGAAACAAGUUAAAACUGAAAGUAAAGAACAAACUAAAGCUAAACAACCAUCAGAGAUUAAUCUGCUAGAUAUGAAGAGAAGUAUGAAUGUGAAUAUAUUUUUAAAACAAUUUAAACGACCAAACAGUGAAAUUAUAGAAAUGGUAAAACAAGGUGAUCCUGAAGUUAUUGGCACUGAAAGACUCCUAGGUCUACAGAAAAUAGUUCCUGAAACUGACGAGAUCACAAUGCUGAAAGAAUUCACAGGAGAUAAAACUAAAUUAGGCAAUGCUGAAAAAUUCUUCUUGGAAACGACCACAUUACCAUUUUAUAAAACUCGUAUUGAUGGAAUGCUAUUGAAACAAGAGUUUGGUUUGAAUAUGGAUUGUCUACAUGAUAAUCUGACGGCUGUGAUUAAAGCCUGUAAAGGUCUAUUAGAAAAUGAUUCAUUGAAAGAUUUUCUACGAUAUGUUUUACAUACUGGAAACUUCAUGAACGCUGGAGGCUAUGCAGGUAAUGCCCUGGGAUUUAAAAUUGGAUCAUUGAACAAAUUAAUGGAUACCAGAGCUAACAAACCUCGUGUGACAUUAUUACAUUAUUUAACUGGUGAUGCUGAGAAAGAACAAGGUCAAAUCCUGUCAUUUGUUGGUGAAUUACUUAACCCUCUUACUGUAGCUUCCAAGUUAACUGUUGACAACCUGACAAGCGAGAAGAAACUAGCAUCCAAUAAUUUAAAUACACUAGAAAAAGAAGUUAGUAAAGCUGAUGACGAUGUUAAACUACAGUUUAAUAAAGGCUUCAAAGAAAUUCUAGAGGCUGAAUCACAGUUGGAAGAAAUAAACGGUUUAUCAAAUAAAUUAUCUGAAUAUUUCUGUGAACAAGAAUCGAAUUUUAAAUUAGAAGAUUGCUUGAAUAAUAUGAGAAUCUUCUGUGAAAAGAUUCAACAGUGUCAAAAAGAAAACGUCCAAAGACAACAGCAAGAAGAACGUGCUAUAAAGAGAAAGAAGGAACAAGAGGAAUUACGAGCUAAGAGAGAAGCCUCUGGUAAGAAAGAAGUAGUAUCAGAUAAUGAAGACUGUAUCAUUGAUAAACUGUUGUCUGAUAUAAAGAAAGGCUAUAAGUUGAAGAAAACGCAACCACAGAAGAAAAAGCUUCAAGAACAGACCAAAGUUCCUGUAGCGGCAGUGUAAUCAAAGGCUGUGAUAUGGUGCUUUCAAGAUUGUGGGACUAUUUAGAAUUUCCAUUCAACUAGUCCGAAACAUCUGUCUCUAUUGCAGCCUCUUAUAAUUAUAUAUUGUGACAAUUGCCGACAAAUUUCAUAAUAGCUAUUAGAGGGUGAAAUAGAGGCAAAUGUUUCGGUCUACCACUCAAACAAUUUCAAACACCAACUCGGCUUGUGGUUUAAAAGCCUGUGAUGGUUUUCAAGUUUGUGGUUUGGUUCAGGAUUGCCAGAAACCAAUGGCAACUCGACUUUUUCUUAGUGUAGUUUGGAAUACUUAGGUUGUGGUUAUGAACCAAAGUCAAAUUCGGGUUGUAAUUUAGAGUGUAAUUUCCACUUUUCACAAAAAAAUCCCAAAAAUCUAAAUUUAGUGGCAUAAUUACCAAAUUAAAAAAAAUGUUAACUUAUGGUAUGAAUCAGUAAGGUUUUAAACAUAGCCAAAGGAAGUACGAAACAAAUAUUUUACAAGGAUGCUAACUCAUUUAAGGAUCCUUUGGUCGGAACAAUGAUAAGCAGUGGCGUUGCCGCUCCCCCCUUGGUCCCCUCAACACUGUUAAUAAACCACACAAAAAUAUUAGUUUUGCUAUGUCCUUUAACAAAAUCCAAAGUAUUCCUUUUAGUGAGUUCUAGCCACAAGCCUUUAUCCUUUCAAGAUCAGUGUUAAAGUUUGCUUUUUUCAAUUGAAUAAAGUAUGUAUCCAAUUUUUUAAUAUUGAAAAGUGCUCGAAUAUACGUAAUAUUUAGAUAAUCCAAUACAUAAUUUUUACAUAUGUAGUUUAUCUAGUCAUUAGUAUUUGUAUGUAGGUUAUUUAGUACUGGCUAUAUUAAUUUAUCAUAGCAUAAGUAAAGGGUGAUAAUCAAAUAUAUAGACCAUAAAAUAUAUCUCGUCAAAAAUCAAAAUAUUUAAAUGUUAAAUUUGGUGAUGGUCACAUAGUUUUAUUGAACAUUUUUGAAAUAAAAAUCAAGAACAUUGAACAUUUUUUUUUUAAAUCGCAAUUUGCCCUUUUUUUCAAUAUACGUAUCAUUUAAAUUCAUUCUGUAUAUGGCUGUGAUUUUCUACUGCUUAUCGGAAUUGAUUUUUUCUUUGCUAUGAUAUUCAUUCAAAAUAUAAGUCGACAAUAUCUGCAUAAUUGAAAUGUAGUAAGGGUGCAAUUCCUAUGUGGAAGUGUAAAGAAAUACUUUUACAUGUUGAAGUUAACAUGGAUAAAAAGGCGAUUGCAAUAAUGGGGAUAAAAUGAAAAAAAUUUUACAGUUUAUUCAAAUAUAUUCAGGUUUGAUAUCUUGUGAUAUUAAUUAUAUGAUUUACCAAGUAUUUGUUUUUUAAGAUUGAAUUCCAUCAAUACCGAGCCUACUGAACAUUUACGGGCAAUCUAGACCAUGUUUGGGCGAAUUUAGUCGUAACUUACAUAAAAUUUGUGAAACGCUUAUUAUUUAUGUAUAUACCAAAAGACAUGUGUGAGAGGAGUUAGAUGUCUAGAGAUAUAUAACAGCCUAUAAUAAGCUUAUUAUCACAUUUAAAAAAAUCCUCUUUUUAUCGAUAAAACCCAUCAAAACCAAGUCAUAGUCAUAAUUGGGUCGGAUUUGGGGUGUUUUCGUUUUUGGGCAAAAUGUUAUUGGUGUUAUUAAUGCACAAACAAAAACUUGAAAAUCUCGUUUGGUUUACGUGAACUAAAAAGUAUAGAUACCUAUAUAAGAAAUCAUCGUUUAAAAUACUUACAUAUAUCAUUGUGGCAUUGGAAAUUAAUUACGCUUUGCUUAAAUAAAUUUUGUAAAUAAAACAGCAAUGCAAUUUCG